AUCCCAACCGGAAGUAAACUCAGUCCAUCAACAGAGUCGAGGGAUUUAUGUUCUUACUGUCAUGUCUGUGUGAAGGUGAUCUGCAGCACCAUGUACAACGCCUACUCCUCCCAGUCUCCAGCACAGCCCAGUCAAGCUGAAGAACAGGCUCUGGCCCUGCUGCAACACCUGGACAAAGAUGAACUGGAGAGAUUACUUGAAGAUUCAGCAAAGUUGGAUGACCUUGUGAAAGAUGCAUCUCAGCCCUCUGUGAACGACAAGGAUACACUGUUGACCAGCAACAAGAGUCUGGCCGAGUUCAACCUGUCCCUGCAGCCCCGACUGGAUGAGCUCAAACGACUGGUUGCCACGGGUUACGAGGAAAUAAACACGAAGAAGACGACCCUUGGCAAGGACAAGGCACAACUAGACAUGUUGGUGGGGGAGCAGUCCCUUGACACGAUGUUGGCGCUGUUGCAGACUGAGGCUGCCAAAUCUGAGGAAGAGUCUGAGAAAAUGGCCGAUGAUUUCUGUGACAACAAGAUCUCAGUGGAGGACUUCGUAAACCAGUACAUCAGCCAGAGAACAGUAGCACACACACAGAGAGUCAAAGUGGAUAAAAUGACCGAACUUUUGCGCAACAUGCAUGCUGAGAACCACCCCACACUUCACAGACAACAAAACGCAUCUAUGCGUGAUUCCUGGCAUGGUUCCCACCAAGCAGGUGGCGCUGGUACCGUUCCGGCACCGUACCCCACUAACGGCUCUUUUAGGAUGCCACAACCUGGGUACUAUAACCGUUGACGUCGUUUCCGAUCUGGUGGGGAAAUAUUUGUGUUGAUCAGUGCGUGAUGGCAAGACUCUCUGAGACACUCAGAAAUUACAAGAAUUGUGGAAUUUGUUCAGACCUCCAUGCACACAUGCUGUAAGUGUAACCAUGGUUAUAUUAAACUAACAUUGAUGCUUUGGUUGCAGGUGUUAAACAGACUGGUAACAUGAAAGAAAAUUGAAAUUAACCAUAUGCAUCGUUACUUGAUCCAGCUUCAGGUGAUAUUAAGCCAUUGAACCAGAAAUGCAUGGAACUUUCAUAUUCUUACUUUGUUUGUGUGAGGGGUUAGCUACUUAUUUUGCUGGUUCUUUAGGAAACAUUAUAAUUGUGCCAUUUCAACAUGUUCAGCACACUGCACAAUACAAGACCUACAUCGUAGUCAAGCCUCAUUACACAAUAGGGCUAAAAAAAUAAUAGUCUUGGUUCUCAGGCACUGCGGCAUCAUCAUAAAGUUUGAAUUUCGUUUUAAUUUCCAUUUUUUU